AUGGAAAGACGACGCCGGCCUCACGCUUCACCGCCACGGCCGCUGCCGCCGCCUAGAGUAGCACUCGCCGACCCGAACAGUCACUGUCUCUCAUUCAGCGCCCGCAGCAGCCGCCGCCGCCGCCGCCGCCGCCGCUGCCGCUCGGGGGAGGAGAGUGAGCUGGAACCACCCCGUCCGCGCCAGGGGUGGGGGAAGAGAGCAGACCUGGCGGGGGCGCGCGCCAAGCGGGCGGGGCGGAGCCGCGCGCGCGCGCACCAACGGAGCGCGCUCGCGGGGGCCCUGAGAGCUGCAGCCGUCAGGGUCUUAACCUCGCGCUUCCCGCCCGCAGCUUUUCGGCCCCGCGGAGCCCAACUGCCGCCGGUAAUCGGUGCCCGCAGCGCGCGCAGCCAUCCGCAACCCCACUACCCGGCGCCUGCUGAAAGGAGGGGCUCUCACCGGCCAAACAACGGGGCGGGAAGGGGUGGGAGGAUGGACAGGUGGGGCGUCCGCCACCGCCUGGCCACCCGCUCCCGGCACGCGGCCCUCUGUGAAAUCCGCCGUGAUGUCUGUGGCCUUCAGUACCCGGCUGUUCACCUUUAAGGCCAGAGAACAAAGUCUGGAAGCACUUGGACCCUAAAUCAACUAUCCAGCCCAAGCCAGCGGUGUUUUUAGAAGUCACUGCGGACAAAUGAGGGGGCUCCAAAUGUGGAGGGUCACCCCACUGCCGUAGAUAAGGUCAUAAAUUAUGAUGAUCAGUAUCCUCACAUUAAGAUUCGGGAAGUGUUAGAAGUAGGCCUUUGUAGAUGUUACGCAGGGUACUACCCUUGACUUAAGGAGCAAAUGACAGAAAUUGGGCGGAAAGGUGUUUCAGAGAGUGUACUAAAUGGGUGGCCUACUUAAAACUAGCACCAUUUGAUGCAGUGUGACUGUUAACGGAAGGUUUAAAGUGAGCCGCCUUUGUAUUUGCUGUCAUUAGACCAUUUGGAAAUGGAUAAUAUGUGAUGAUCUGCAGUUCUUUCUCUAGGCAAUGUGCAGUAGAAUGUGGAAAGAAUACUAUGUACCAGCAUUACGUGUAAAACAUGAAAGGAACGAUAAUUCACUAUUCCCAUUUGGUUUCUUUCCUCCCUUUAAUAACCGCUAAACAGAACUGAUUAAUCUUGAACGUUGAAGAAUGCUAAUUAUUUCCUCCUUUGAUUGCCUUGUGUCAUAGCCCUUUUACUCCAGUUGGGGAAGCUAGAAUGCCCUUCAACCCCCUUCUCUCAAAUAGGGUUACUUCUUUAAAGCACCCCAACGCAAAGUUAAGUCAAAAACAAAAACAGCGAGGAUAGGCAACAAAGUUCAUAGUGUUUCAUUUUUAUUCCAUUUUACUUUCAAAGAAAGUCUUGAAUCAUGACGAAAUCACUAGAAGAAGUAGAGCAAUCAAAAGAAGAAAAAAGGCGUUUCCCCCCCAAUAUUUCAAAUGACAAGAGUCCAAAAAAGAAAAGAAAAAGGAAGGUGAUCGGUAAAAAGGAGGGAAGUGCAUUAUGUAUACAGAAAGUUUUCCCAUAGAUGUUAGUUGCUUCAAGUCCCAAAUAAACAACAACAAACUGAAUUAGCACUUGGAGGAAAAGCCCCUCCCAGUUAUUGAGUUGGGUAAAUGUUUAGUCUUUUUAAAGUGUUACUAAGAGAUUAAGGAAAAUGUCGUUGGCUAUAUGCCAACAAUAAUACAUACAACAUACAUACCAUUAUCACACAUAAUUAACUGCUCUUAAGAAAUAGGAAAACUGAGGAACGGAACUCUAUGUUGUGUUAAUGUCAUACAAUUACUUGAAACUUGAAUUAGGGUUUCAUAAAUAUAAAUGAGCCAGGGUCCCUACAUCUGCCAGUAAUUUUCGCAGCUUAUUGUAAAAGCAGUGAAGUUUUCACUUGGACUUUGAAAAGAAAAAACCAUAUGACUCAUGAGCAAGGCCAUGGAUACACUAAAUUCUUAUGCCUACUGAAUUUGGGUUUGAAUAAUUACCCCAAAUCUGUUUCUCACAUUGAUAACUUAUAAAACAAUACUUUUAUUAACCUUAAGAGUUGUGUUAAGUUCAAAUUUGUAAACUUGGUAAGAUUAAGAAUUUGUAUAUAGGCCAGGCGUGGUGGCUCACACCUGUAAUCCCAACACUUUGGGAGGCUGAGGCAGGCGGAUCACCUGAGGUCAGGAGUUCGAGACCAGCCUGACCAACAUGGUGAAGCUGGUCGCUACUAAAAAUACAAAAAAAUUAGCCGGGUGUGGUGGUGGGUGCCUGUAAUUCCAGCUACUCAGGAGGCUGAGGCAGGGGAAUCACUUGAACCCGGGAGGCAGAGGUUGCAGUGAGCCAAGAUCGCGCCACUGCACUCCAGCCUGGGCGACAGAGGGAGAUCCUAUCUCAAAAGAAAAAAAGAAUUUGUAUAUAAAAAUAUAGAAAAAAGUUUGUCCUCAAUAUCUUUUAUAAAAUAAGUGUCCCUUCCCAUUCAUUGAUAAAUGAAAGCAGUGGCUUUUUACACUAAAUUUUCUUUACCAGAGCACUUUUAUCACAAUUCUGUAUGUUGCUUUAUGGAUUCCAAUUGCUUUUGCCAAAAUACAAGAAAUAUGCAAAGUCUUAGUAUAACAAAAAGUACUAAUGUAUAAAAUAGAAAUGCCAUUAUAUGAAAUAGAAAUCAAUAAGAAUUCAAUAUGCUUAAAAGUCAUUUCAGAGGAAUCACCAUUAUGUAAUAGUUUUAUUACUAUCCAUCAAAAUUAUUUCCAAGGGGCAAGCCAAGGAACUAAUUUAGAUAUAGAACAAACAGUUCAAAGAGACCACCACUGCAGUAAACCAAUCAACAAGCAACACAAUCCAUUACAGCUGUCAAAACAAAAUCAAACUGGCAUGGUAAGAAAGCUUAUUUUUUCAGUAAUACCUAAUUCUAUUACAACCAAAAGAAUUUCAGUAAUAACAUAUACCUUUGUUAUUUCUCUAACCUUUAAUCUCUUUUUUCAAAUGUAUAUAGUGGC